GGAUAUACCGGUCACAAUUCAGAUGUCCAUUUCUGAAAUUAUUAGAUUUAUCCAGUCAAUUUGCAUGUAUGAGGCAUUCAUGGAGAAAGAUGCAAAAAAAGCAGAACAGUUUCUUAUACAGACUGAAAAAAGAUUUUUAAAUUAAAACUGCAACAGCGAAAGCACACAUCAUCAUGGCAGUCCAACUGUUCAAGAAGACGGCAUUUUCUUCAGUAUAUCAAAAAUAUAUGAUUCCUGUCUCCAACGAAGUCAUUAAUAUUCUUUUGUCCUAUGUGAAAGCAAAAACAAAUGGGCAGCCCCUUGGAAUGCUGGUGGAUGUUGGCUGUGGGACUGGACGCUACACUUUACCUCUAGCUCCUCACUUCGAGAAGGUCCUGGGAAUAGACAUGAGUGAAUCCCAAAUAAAUGUGGCUAAACAAAAUACGUUGGCAAACAAUGUGUCAUACAUGGUGGCUUCAGCGGAGAAGAUACCGGUGGAGAAUGAUUCUGUGGACCUGGUGCAUGCCGGACUUGCUGCACAUUGGUUCACAAUAGACAAGUUUCUGAAUGAGUCAGUUCGAGUACUGAAGACAAAUGGAUGCCUGGCUUUACAUGCUUUUUAUCCAGCCGCUGAGUUUGAAUACAAGGAUUUGUCACAUGAUCUGAACGCAGUAAUGUCAAAGGUGUGGGAUACGUUGUUCCAGUAUUUUGAUAAAACCACAGGACACAUGCUUUGUCAGUACCAAAAUAUAUAUGAGGCUAUUCCACUAAAAGACAAGGAAUUGAUCACAGAUAUACCAGUCACCGUUCAGCUGUCCAUUCCUGAAAUUAUUGGAUUUAUCCAGUCAGUUUACAUGUAUCAGGCAUUCAUGGAGAAAGAUGUGAAAGGAGCAGAACAUUUCCUUACCCAGACUGAAAAAAGAUUCCGAGAGAUACUUGGAGAAGAGGCUGAUUCUGUCCGUCUGAAUAUGCAUAUUAAACACUAUUGUGCCCUUGCUUGCAAACACUAAGAUGGCGACCUACUGAAUCUAUAUAUUCAUGAAGUCUUCUUUUUUUCUUCUGCUUGUUUCUUAUACUGAACAAAGCUAAUAUGAUUAAAAUCAUUUAAUUAAAGGGAAUCUGUCAGCAGUUUUAACCUAGAUGGGGGCUGGGGGAACAGUACAAACAUAACUUUUGUGGAGCUUUUAUUAUCAGGACUAGUGUGAAUAUAAUCUUUUAUUCUGGAAAUUUCUGCUCCUGCAAGAACCCAGGAGGAGGUGCUUCUUUGUGAAGUGCUCUAUGCAUUUAGCUCUGCCCAUCAACUCUGACUGUCAGCUGUAGUAGAUGGGAGAACAGUGAGACAGCUCACUAAAGAGAGCGCUUUACAGUGAACCACCAACUCCUGGGCACUUGCAGGAGGAGUGCCUGGCAGAAUAAAAGUAAAUAAUCACACUACUCCCGAUAACAAAAGAUAUUUGUCCUGCUCACUUCCUACCUAGUGCUGCCAGCCGUUUUCCAAGGUCAGAGCUAUUUACUGUCAUAGAAGAGGGGGUCAUUACUCUAUUUAGUAGGACUCUCUCCCUGUUUUUUAGAAGAAUGAUUAGAUAGAUAUAUGGAUAGAUAGAGUAGGA